UGAGAACAUUACAGGGCUAUUACACAUCGUCGUUUGCCAACCCAUUAAACCAUGAAGGAAAAGGAAAAGGUGGGGCAUGGUGAUCACUCUAAAAAGGGCCAGGAUGGUCACCAGAAAGAUGAUCAUGCCAAAGGUGGGCAGGAAGGAAGUCCGUCUGUUCAUCACAGAGCCAGAAAGGACAGUCAUCACAAGCCAAGUCACGACGGAGGUCACCAAAAAGGUCAUCACCAUGGUGACAAAAGCAGUCCCACGACGUCAUCUCAUCCUAUUCGUCCAAGAGCGGGAACCCUGGUUCAUCGAGAUACGGCUCAUUCUAUAGUGUCUGGAAAAAGUGCUCACAAUGCAGACAAGAGAAGUGUGGCCACUUCCGAUGAUAUUCAGCCAAUGAUGGGGGUUAAACUAGAAAAUACAUACAAACUACAGCCUGACUUCAUGUUUUACGAGACACCGGUAAGAAAAAUCAUAACUGACGUUAUACAAUCCGAAAUGACUUUGAAAAAAUACGACCCAGCGUCUAUGAGUAAACUUUGUGUUUUAGCGAGUGACAUGAUAAAAGAAAAAGUGAAACAGCAAAUGACGCUUCCACGGUACAAAAUUGUGAGUUCGGUACUUGUUGGAGAAAGAGGGGAGCAUGAUGCAAGUAUGUUAGUUUCGUCUAGGUGUCUGUGGGAUCAGCGGUACGACAAUCAUGUUUCUGUCACGGUUCACAAGUCUGGGUACUACGUCAUCGGAAUGGUGUUCGCGGUGUAUGCAGAAUGACGUGUAUGAUAGAUAGGCUAGUGGUAUACUUAGUAAU